CUUUUAGCACUCUGAUCUGAGUAAUGGCGAAUGUCGAUAGAGACAACAUGCUAAAUGAAGAGCAGGAAUCGUCUCAAUCCAACAGUUCUAACGGUUCUGAGGCCAUUCUACACCACCAGCAGCAACAGUCGUUAUCUAGUGGAGGUUUUCAAUUAAAGUCGAGUAUUCUUCGUCAACCAGCAACAUUUGGUUCCGGACCUGGUGCCGGCGGGGGACUGGGCGGUUUGUUUGGUAGUUGCUCUUCGUCUACAGGACCGAUCAAUAGUUUCAAUCUUAAACCGAGUGUUCUAAAACCUUCGCAUUUUGGAGGAUUCGGAAGCCUCGGGGGAGAGAAAAAGAAUGCUGAGAAUAGUCAAAACAGUGACAACACUGUUGCAGUGAAUCCUUUCCUUAAAACACAAAAUAGCGAAGAAGAGCCGGAAAUAAAACCGCCAGCUAACGAUACAGAAAAAGAUGAAACUGCCGAUCCACUGUCGAAACUAAACCGCGCAACAUUGCCGAAAUCGAACCUAUUCGCGAAUGUGAAAUCUAUUCGCGAAAACAGUGGAUUUGUGUUUGGGCAAAAUGUUCACGAACGAGUUACCGGAGAGAAUAUCCAAACUGAUGGUUCCAAUCCCACAGCUGGUCUGUCGUUUUCCAGUGCCGUAACCAACAAUAGCAAUGACUCAUGCUCAUCCAACUCUGCAAUGGCGGGAGGAAGUACAGCAGCCGGUAAUGCCACACCCGGCAGCAGACUUGACGGUGGAGCAAACGAAGAAAGUUUGGAGGAAGCCGCCCGUCGAUAUGAAGAGAGUCGGGGCGCCCUAAAGCGAAAGUUUGACGAGGUAGAGACCAUCACUGGGGAAGAAGACGAACGAAACGUGGUGGAAAUUAACUGCAAGUUGUUCGCAUUCGCCAAAAGCAAUUGGGAAGAGCGAGGUCAUGGCACACUACGAUUAAACGAUAAGGACAGCAAAGAGUCGAGAGUUGUCUUUCGGCAGUCAGGCAACCUUCGUGUGCUUAUCAAUACCAAGGUUUGGGGUGGAAUGACAGCCGAUCAGUCCAGUCAGAAGAGCUUGCGUCUGACAGCCAUGGAUACCAAUGGCCAAGUGAAGGUGUUUCUCGUGAUGUCGCGACCGGACAUCAUCACUAAACUGCACAAAGAGCUCACCAAGCGCAUCCAGACGGCUAAAGAACUGGCGGCGGAAAAUGACCAUGAUGAUGGUAAGGAAAAUAAUGUGGAAAAUGUCGCUACCGGCAAGGCACACGAAGAUGCACCCCUGGAUACGGGGACAAAGGAGGAAUUGGGCGGCGACGAACCGUGUCCAAAAAAGCGUCUUAGCUCUUCGUCCUAAGUCUUUCCGUUCUAAUCUUCUAUGUCGUGCCCAUUGAACAGAAGUAGAAAUGAUCUUCAAAUUACUGAGCCAACCUAUCAGGCAUUACAUUACUCAUUUGCGGCCGAGGUUGAUGCACAUCGGUGAGCCAUCUUUCAACGUCGUUUCCAGUCUAAACUACGAUAAUUUUCCGGUAGACGUUUCUAAUGAAUGUUGAAGAAUUAGUUACUGAAUAGUGGUGAAGCGUUUUGUAAUGGUAACAAAAACCAAUUUGAAAAUAACGCCAGAUCAAAAGCAAUUAUUAUAAGAGCUCACUGCACCGUAAUCAAGCAAUGUCUUUGAUGAAAAACGGUAGAAACUCCAAACACAAAC